AGAUGGCAGUAAACUAAACUCGAAGGAGCCGGCUGUAUUCAAAAUUGACUUCAUUUAUCGAAUUAAGUGUUAUGCGUAGAGUAAUAAUGUCAGAAAUUGAUGUAGGUAAUAACUUACGGAUUGUACGAGAACGAAUGCUGGCAGCAUGCCAGAAGAGAGCGGAUGAGCUGCAAAGUGUACAACCUAGGCUUGUGGCUGUUAGCAAGACGAAACCGAAAGCUCUAAUUCUUGAAGCUUAUGAACGUGGCCAAAGACAUUUUGGAGAGAACUAUGUCCAUGAGCUUGUUGAAAAAGGUCAUGACACAGAGAUUGUCGAGAAGUGUUCAGAGAUCAAGUGGCAUUUCAUUGGCCAUCUGCAGCGAAACAAAGUGAACAAAGCUUUGUCAGUUCCUGGCCUCUGUGUGGUGGAGACAGUUGACACAGAUAAACUCGCAACUACUUUGGAUACAGUGUGGGCAAAACAGAAGGGUCAGGGUGCAAAACUCAAGGUCAUGGCGCAGAUUAACACAAGUGGAGAGGAUGAAAAAAAUGGCUGUACACCAGAGGAUGCAAUACAUCUCGUGAAGCACAUUUUAGAAAAAUGUCCCAAUCUGGAGCUCGUGGGGCUUAUGACUAUUGGAAAAUUUGGCCAUGAUUUAUCUGAAGGACCAAAUCCAGAUUUUAUUUGUUUGAAGAAAGUUCGAGAUGAUGUCUGCCAAGCCCUUGGCAUUGGGUGCAACAAGCUGGAGCUUUCCAUGGGGAUGUCAGAUGACUUUGAACAUGCAAUCGAAAUGGGAAGUACAAAUGUUCGGGUUGGAAGCAUAAUAUUUGGACAGCGAGAAAAGAAGUUGAGUGACACACACACAGACACAGUGUCAGAGGAGAUAAAGAAUGUCACUCUAAGUUAAGCCAUUAUCUGGUGAUGCAUUGUGUCAAAUGGAAUUUCAUAGAAGGAAGGCUGUGAAGCAACAUCAUAUAUGAGAAAUAAGGUCACAAAGUGAUUCAAUGCUCCAGCAGUGGUUCCCAGUCUUACUAUAGCUGUCUCAUUUGAGGGCACCAGCCUGUGUCAGCUACUUCAAAACAUGGCUCACUUUUUGAAACUUGAACAGACUGAAGUCCAGGACAGUCACAGUUUAACAGUUUAAUUUCAGAAGUGUUUUAACAUACUCAGUGCCACAUACAGGGUUUUGUAAUAAAGACUGCACAAGGAAGCCCCCGUGCCAUGCAAUUAGUGAUGCACAUUGGCUGUACGUAUUCACAGUUCUGAUGUGACUGCUAUACUUGUGUCAUUCAUGUGUUCCAAUAAGUAUGGAGGUGUUAAUCUUCACUACUGAUUUUCUGCCAAAGUUUUUCAACUGUAUAAUAAAGUGAAAAAUAUUUCAGUUCAAAAAUUGCAGUCACACUGAAAGACAAAAAAUUAGAACAAAUUUAGUCAUUUUACUAGUACAGUAAGGGAGAAAACCAUAGAGGGAAGAGACCACUUUAAACAUCUAAGCCUACAUGGGAGGAUAAUAUUAAAAUGGCUAUUAAAAAUGAGCUCUGAAGAUGUGGACUGGAUUCAACUGGCUUGGGAUAGGGACCAGUGGUGUGCUCUUUGUGAGCACAUGAUUGAAACUUGGGUUCCAUAAGAGACGGAAUUUCUUGACCAGCUGAGCAACUAUUCUUAUCUCAAGGUCUCUGGGCUGUGAAGUUAGUUAAUAGCAGCAGAUUUAAAAUUUCUGUACUUGUGCCCCAGACACUACACAUUUUGAAAGUCCCUGUCCAGCAGAACUGUUUUGGAAGUCAAAGCAUGUUCUAUGAAUAACAAAGUAAUUUAUAUCCAUAAAUAUACCUCUUAAUUGUGCUCUGUAUUUCCAGUAUUGUUCCUUAUUAUGUUUUGGAAUUUUUAUUUAAUGAAAAGUUCAGUUAUAGUUGUAACUGAAGUUUUACAUUAAUUUUACACUAAGUUAAAGCAACACUAGGUUUAUUGGAUAAAUAAUUAUAGUUAAAAUCUUGUAUACAAAGUUCAAACAAAACUCUUUCCUAAGAAGUAAAAAAUUAAGAAUUGCCACAAAUACCUCACAGAAAGAAAUGGUGGCAGGUCAGGUCAGUUUGAGGGGUGGGGGGGGAUAAUGGUUCCUGUCACUGCAGAAACAUAUGCAUUAUUCUGUUCAGGAUAUGGCAUCAUCAUAUGCCAUACAUAAAUCAUUACCUUGUCACUAGAAAGUUACUAGAUUCCAUUCUCAGUAUACAAGUGGGAACCAGUAUUGGCAGCCCAGAGACCUUGUUGAACGCACAGGACUUUGCUUUAAUAGGAUGACUUCUCAUGGUAUAUUGUAUCGUCAAAGAAGAAUCAUUCUUCUGACAUUAUUCAGGGAGGAUAUAACUGGGUUCACUUGAAUCUGUGCUCUGUUAGCUUUGUAAACAAAACGAAUAAUUUUCGAUACACAGCAUAUUUUUCCAGACCAUAAGAUACGCUUUACCUCUGAAAAUAACUUUGAUCUAAGGUAGUGCAGGGAUGGUACAUGAAAGAACAGUUGGAGGUUCUCACAGCAGUGACUAGGAAAAAGUUUGCCGAUGUUUCAGAGGAACAUCAAUAUCAGUAAACUUCUGCUAGCCUACAUGGCAUCGCAUCCCAGAAAACAGUACUACAGAGUUUUGUUCAUUACAAAGUAGCUCUUUUUUUCUUAUUGAUGUAAUAUAUUCAGCCCUUUAAUUUGUACCAUAUUUUCACCCGCAUGUCAGUCUUACUUGUUGGAUGUGAUGUUAGGAAUGAAUACUGAAACAAGGAUCUUUUAGAAGUGUUUCCUGUUGGCAGAUAUGUAGACUGGUGAGCUCUCAUUAAACAGUUUUAUUAUAAGAUGAUACAAAUUGUAUAUAAAGGAGAAUCUAUUGAUAUUUGGUUACUCAUGAAUGAGAUUCAGCAGUCAGUAUCAUAUGUAGCACUAUAUUGGAAUAAACUUAUGUAUAAUA